GGGAGCGGCGGAGGGCUCGAGGUGGGGCGCCAAAGCAAACGGCAAAAUCUGAAAGUCCACUGGGGACCCCCUGAGAGCUUCAGCGGGGCCUUCCUAGGAGCUUCCCCGAGAAGAGCCGGUGGAGAACGCCGGCAUGAGAAGAUUGUCAGUAGGCUGUAGUUGAGGAUAAGGGCGAGAUAAUGCGUGUGAGAAAACAUCAUAUAUGUUUUUGCGAAAAGAACUUCCUGUGAGGCUUGCAAAUACCAUGAGAGAAGUAAACUUGUUGCCUGACAACUUGCUGAACAGACCUUCCGUUAAACUAGUCCAGAGCUGGUAUAUGCAGAGCUUUCUUGAGCUUUUAGAAUAUGAAAAUAAAAGUCCUGAAGAUCCACAUAUUCUAGAUAACUUUUUAGAUGUUUUAAUUAAAGUAAGGAAUAGACACAAUGACGUUGUUCCUACCAUGGCCCAAGGAGUGAUUGAAUACAAGGAGAAGUAUGGCUUUGACCCUUUUGUGAGCAGUAACAUCCAAUAUUUUCUAGAUAGGUUCUACACCAACCGCAUCUCAUUUCGCAUGCUUAUUAACCAGCACACACUGCUUUUUGGUGGUGUCACUAAUCCAGCUCAUCCCAAACACAUUGGGAGUAUCGAUCCUACUUGUAAUGUGGCUGAUGUAGUAGAAGACGCUUUUGCAACUGCUAAAAUGUUGUGUGAGCAGUAUUAUCUGGUAGCACCUGAGUUGGAAAUAGAAGAAUUCAAUGCUAAAGCACCAGGCAAGCCUAUUCAAGUAGUUUAUGUACCAUCACAUCUGUUUCAUAUGCUUUUCGAAUUGUUCAAGAAUUCAAUGCGUGCUACAGUGGAAUUAUAUGAAGGUAAAAGUGAAGGCUAUCCAUCAAUUAAAACAUUAGUCACGUUGGGUAAAGAAGACUUAUCAAUAAAGAUAAGCGAUAAAGGUGGUGGUGUACCUCUGAGAAAAAUAGAUCGUUUAUUUAACUAUAUGUAUUCAACGGCCCCCAGACCUAGUUUGGAGCCAUCAAGAGCUGUACCUUUGGCUGGGUACGGAUAUGGUCUGCCAAUCUCUCGUCUUUAUGCAAGGUACUUUCAAGGUGAUCUCAAACUGUACUCAAUGGAAGGUGUGGGAACAGAUGCUGUAAUUUAUUUGAAGGCUCUUUCCAGUGAAUCAUUUGAAAGACUGCCAGUUUUUAAUAAGUCAGCCUGGAGACAUUACAAGACCACGCCAGAAGCUGAUGACUGGAGCAACCCUAGCAGCGAACCCAGAGAUGCUUCCAAAUAUAAAGCUAAUCGAUAACUUGCCAAUAUUUGCACACCUGCAUUCAGAAACUAUCUCUAUUUUGUUCCAAAUCACUCUAAUCUACAGUAGCCAAUUAUUUCACUAAAAAGAUCUCUUAUGGGACUGAAUAGCAAGAACAGAGGGGACUUUAAAAGACUGACAUGCAUUUUUGGUGUGUGUUGUAAGUACUUUGCCAAAAUAUGUGUUAGUUUGGUCACAAAUAACAGAAGUGGUUGCACAGUGACUGCAGUUAAAUUACACAAUUCCGUAGUAAAAGGGUACUGUGUUUUUGUUUUAAAUUGGUUUCUAGUCCUAGGUAAGAAUUGGCAAAAUUUGUUUGAUUCCUUUAUUUGACAGUAGUGUCUUACAAAGCAAUAUAGUGAAACAGACAAAUUCUAGAGUAGUUGAAUGUGUGCUUAGAAAACUCACAUUGCUGCAUUUUUAUGACACCAUGUUAUUUGUUAUGUUUAAAACAAAAACUUUGGGGGCUCUUGUCUUACCACCAGUAUCUGUAUACAUACUUAGUUCUUUUAGGACGUUUAAGUUAUUCUUUCCAUAAUUCAGGAAGCUAUUUUCCCUAGUAUAUGCAAAACAUUCUUGCUGAGCAUUGGAAUUUUCACUUUGGAAUAAGCAUUAUGAUAGUUUUAAAAAACCUAUCACCCAGUUGUGGAUUUGCAAAACAUUUUCCCACUAAGCCAAGCUUAGUAUGAAAAAAUAAAAAGCCAGUCAGUUUUGACUACCUGCAGCCAUUUCAACUAAUAGAGAAAAGAGAAUUUAUUCAGACCAGGUAGCUAAUGAAUUGGCUUUAAAAUGUUGGUCAUCUCAAAACCAUUCAAAACUGUAAUGAAAUAACUUGAAAACAUGGACAACAAAACAAGACUAAAUAUUCAUACCUAGGAAUACUUGAGGAAAACAAGUUUAGCGAGGUAUAAAUUUAAAAAUAACCACUUCCUUAAAAAAAGAAAAAAAGCUACUUUCAAGAAAGAAAACUUCAAAUAAGUAAAAACAAGAAGACUGAAUGGUUGGAACGACGUGCCUGAAAUAGUCUUAGUCAACCACUUGCUUUGAUACUAUGGAUGUACACUGAGCAGUACUUGAAGCAGUGAAGGAAAAAUUCUGGUAACGCCUUUUCAAAAGCGUACGCUAGAGUGGAGUGUGAGGGCAUUGGAGCACCCAGAUGCAUUCCUUAGUGUCUGUAUUGUAUUAUGUACAUUGGGUUGAAUGCUAACCUGCUGCAGAAUCCUGUCAGAAUCUCGUUCCGCAGGGUACAGCCUAUUGUUUUUACAGUAAGAGACUAUGAACAAUUUCUUUAUUUGAAUACAGUUUAAGCUGUUGGGAAAAGGAGGGAAAGUUGUGACUUUAAGAUAUUUUUGUAGGUGGUUUAAGCAUCUAUAUCAUCCUUUCCCAAGAAUAUUAGUAUGUGUAUUAGCAAUUAAAUAUGAGUUAUGCAGUUCAAACUGAGAUAGGCAAAAAGCAUUGUUCUGGAGCCAAUUAGGUUUGCACACAUUUGUGUCAAUGAGUAUAUGCAUGAAUUUUAACAAUGUGCAUAAAUGUUUACAGUGCUGGCACCUAUAUGUUUUUCUGAGCAUUUUCAAUCUUUGCACUCUGAAAAAUUGAACCAGUACACAUGAGAUCUGUGUGUAUUUUCAGUGACUUAUGAUUUCAUUAAAGGGAAGUUGGUUUUUGGAUGAUCAGACCGAUAGAAUGACAAGAUAACUAUGUACAAUUGCGACCGACUUCUAUAAUUCCUAAUAUUACUUUGUGUGUAAAGGUUGCCAUUCCUAUUCGGAAGGUAUAUCAUGGCACCUUGACUCAAACAAUGAGAUGGAUAGGAUUUUCUAUUAAUAAAUGUUUAUAAUUUCUUGACUUUUACCCUGAAAGGGACAAGAAUAGGAAAUUCCAUGGUACAGUCACUAGAUUCAGAGAAAGAUUGAUGGACAUGAUUAUAUUUAAAUGUCAUGUUUCUGCCUUACAUGUAACUGUGCCAGCUUGAUGCUCAUUUGUUUGGUCUGCUAAAUACUGGCCAGCUGGUAGAAAGUGAUGUCUACAUAAAGAGGGGAUUACUUUCUUUUGAUUCAGUGCCUUGGUAUGGUUUGGGGUUAGGUUAACAUUGCUGGAGUUUGAUAUCAAUAGGAUGUAUGGCAAACCGUUCACCUGGCCUAACUUUGCGCCCAUAUAAAUUGUACCUGCAGGUCCAGAGUGAUACAAACGUUGACAUCCAGACUAGUGUUGCACUAGUGUAACGAGAGAAGUUGCACACACUUCGGAAGUUUGAAGAGCUGUGUGUGGUGGUCAAGGUUGUGCCACCUCUGGUGGAAGACUUUAUCUGAGACACAUGUGAAGUUGUGCAACAUGUUAUAAAAUAUGCUGUUCAAUGUUUCAGGAUUUUCUGCUAGCUCAAGAACUAGUCUGGAACAGACAUUUCUUUCUUUGUGCAAUUUCAUUGCACUACUUCUGUACUCUAGCUCCACACUAGUCUGGAUGUAGACCAGUAUUUUUACCUUUUGAAGCGUUCCAACUAUAUUCACUGCAGAACAACUCGGGGCCAAAUGAGACAUGGCAUGGAGUUCCGUGUUCCUAUUUCCAGACAUCUUAAAAAUGAAAAGCAGUGGACUGCAGUCUGUAACAAUAAUACUUAACAUUUCUAUAGCAUGUUUUGAGCAUUCACAUUGCUUCACAAAUUAUCUUCCUAAACAUGACAAUGUAGUUGCAGUAGCUCAAGCAGUGAUUUGUACCAUCAUAGCUAUCCUAUCAAUGGCAGGUGUGACAGGGCCCCAUGGGAAACCAUUAGUUUUGGGGCAAAGCAUUCCUAUCAAACUGGCAAUCAGUUCAGCAGUGCAUCAUCUGCUUCUUAAUUACAGGGGCAAAGGACCAAUUGAAUCCAAUGUAAUGGGACUGGCCUCCAUCCUGCCAGUGUUUCACACUUCUGCAGUGGUACACCAGAAGUGUGCCUAGUGCACCUGCUGGCACAGGAGACCCAUGAAUUUCUUCUGUGCCAGUGAUCCUAGAAAAUUUGCAUCUGGUUCUGUGCUCCAGUUAAUAAGAUUCCAUUAUGUCUCAGUGACUCAGUGUGAUAAAUCAGCCCAUGGAUUAGAAGAUAAAGUAAAAUUCCAGGAAGGAGUCAGUAUAUUGAGAAAAGCCAGCUAUAGUGGGUCUAGCCACAUGAAACCCAAAGGGAUUACCACCAGUGCAAACACUUUGAAGAUGAGAGAAUGUAACUCUUUACGAUUUUUUACACUUUUAUAGUUACUAUUUCAAAAUCACUGUAAAGCAAAAGGAACUCUAAAAGUGUACUUCAAUAAUCUUAAAAGUGUUUGAAGCAGCAAAUAUGUCAGUUAACUAUGCUAUGUAUGCUCCUUUUAGAAACUACAGAAUUACCAAUGGCUAUAUCAGCAGUUUUGAGUAGAUGGCUUAACAUCCCUUGACUUAAACUUCACUGGAAGUAUAAUUAGAAUAUAUCGACUGUAAAGAAACCUUUUGCAAAGGAUUUGUCCUUUUUCUGGGAGAAGACAGAAAGGGGAACUAUUGUACUGAAGAAAUUUAAACACACACAUGCCCACACCCCUUCCUAUUGUUUAUCACUACCAUUCUUUCAAGAUCCAUUUGAUUUGUGAUUCAGAGCAGUUGGGUAGCACUUUCAGCAUUGAGAGGUGUAAAAAGCAUUGCUGCUAGAACAUGUAAAUGAGUCACAUCCACAAAAUAACUUGCAGGUGGUGUUUUUUAAAGAAAAAUAUUAUGGUCAUGUUAAUUUCUAGCAGUUGAAUGCCUAGGGAUGCCUUAAACUUAGUAUCCUGGUCAGUAGAGCAAUAAAACUGGUUCUCUUCUCCAGCUUCUUUCUAGUACAGAGUAUGUAAAAAUUGUCAGGGAUACAACUCAUACUUGGAUUUUUGUUGUCCUUAUUGCAUGCCUUUUGAUUUUUUUAAAAUUUAGAACAGUUUGAGUAUCAUCUGAAUUUUCUUUGCAGAUAUUAUAAUUAGUGUUAGGGGAUACUUAGGGCAGUAUUCCCAAACUUGGUCUUCACUUUCUAAACGUGUGUAUUCUUCUGUCCCCUACCCAGCACCAGCCCACUGUUCUGUAGAUGAAUGAGCAGAUAUACUCAAGCAAUCUCGUAUCUAUGCAGCCUGCUGCUGAAUGCAAGGAUGAAUUAGGCACAAUAAAGGCACUAGAAGUGGAAAAUAACAGGACAUCUACAAGCCGCCUCCUACAAUAACAUACAAGGGAACAUUAUUUUAACAAAGCAGCAGCAAAUCUUGAGUUUCAUUUUGUUCCCCAAAUUAGUCUGAAGUGAUGAGACAGUGAAACUACAAACCACCCCCCACAAAAAAUCUGGGGGGUUCAGCCUGCCUGGUUCUCCCAAAUGACCACCAUGUAUCAUUUCUGUUCUCUUCCCUUGUGGGGUUUUUCCUGGAGGAUGUGGGUGUUCCAAACAGUCCCCCACCACCACCUGAAUUCAAUUUGCUGUCAGAAUAGAACUGGAAGACAUUGCCAACUGAAAGUGUUUCCAAUGGAUGUUGGGAGUAGAGACAUGCCACCGGGAGAAUGUCUGAAAUAAACCAUAACACAUGUGUAUAUGCAUGCACGCGCACACACACUCUCUCUCUCUCUCUCUCUCUCUCUCUCUCUCUCUCCAGUGUCAGGAUUGUUUCACCUCUUCCUUACAAGCAGUGGCAGCUUCAGUGCCAAAACUUGGCUGGUAAGAGAAAGGAUGUUUUUGUUUUUGGUGGAUCUGUCUUGUGAUACUUUUCCUCCAUGGAAUAUCAUCCCCUCCCCCUGCAUGAUGUUCUGUGCUUGUCAUAGUUUUAGGACAUAGAAGGAUCUCAACGCUUCUUCCAUCAUGUUCUUCUCAGCUGAAAAUGGUCUCCAUACUCGAUAGAUGCAUAUUAUUCCAUAGAAAUUAAACUGUAGUUAUCUUUAAUCCACUUAUUUCUGGUGUGUGCCUAUUGACCUUUGGGCCAGUUGCUUUAACUCAGUUACCUUGUAGUGAAAUCAGUUGAGGAUUUUAGUAUACAGUAUCCAUUUAAAUUUCCAUGACAUGCAAUGGCUUUUUAGUUUUGUUAGAACUGGGAUCAGAUGAGAUCUUAUGUUGGAUAUUUAUUUAGAAUGCCUUGAAUGAAAUGACAUUAAAAAUGUUUUGGCUUGAGAGGGUCCAUGGCAUUGCAUGCAGAUGUUUAGUCCCAGAUUGAACUUGCAAAUACAGGUGGCCCUCAUUACCCAUGGUCCUGGCACCUGCAGUUUCAUGAAUCCACAGUUGGGUCAUAGGAACCCAGUUUCUUCAUUAAUAGGGUGGAAACAGGGUUAUUUCCACCUAUUUGUGGUUCUUGAGUGGCCAGAAAUGACUUCUGACAUUUCCUGCUGGUCACCAGGAGUCAACACUGAUUCAACGGCACACUUUACCAUUUUGUGGCUCAUUUCUGCUGCUGAAGCAGCAACAAAAAGUUGGGGGGGGCAUUGCUGAAGAGCAAGGUACUGUGCUUAUUUCUGCUCCCCCUGCUUUUUCUUGUGAUUUUCAGCACAUUUUAGUGUGCUUAGGAACCUAAAUCCCCAAUCCCCAUAGGGUUAAUGUUUCUUUAUCUGCUGUUUCAUUAUCCUUGGAAAUUGGCGGGAAUGGAACCCCUGUGAAUAAUGAGGGCCACCUGUAACACAAGUAGGGCUGGGAAAGACCGUGGAGAGCCACUGCUAGUUAUAGUCCAGUAUCAUCUCCUCAAUGGAGCAAUGGUCUGCCUUGGAGUUGAACUGAACUUGAUUGUGUGGCUGGAGAGAGAAAAAGAAGGGAAUUUAGGUUUUCAAGGGAUUUCAAGUAGAUGGGGUUAUUAAUUGCUUCCUGUAACUUGUGUUGCAAAUUCAAAGCUACAGUAUACACUAUUCUUUAACUGCAAAUGCUGCUUCCCCAUUUUCCCUUUUCACUGUGCAAUAAAAAAAAUUUAAAUUAUA